AUGUCUAGUAAACCUAAUUCAAAGCGUACCAUAUAUGUAGGUGGACUAGCAGAAGAGGUUGAUGAGAAAGUGUUAAAUGCGGCUUUCGUUCCGUUCGGCGAUUUAGUUGAUGUUCAAAUACCAUUAGAUUAUGAAACUGAAAAGCAUAGAGGUUUUGCGUUUAUUGAAUUUGAAAACGCUGAAGAUGCUGCUGCGGCUAUUGAUAACAUGAAUGAUUCAGAACUCUUUGGUCGUACUAUCAGAGUGAAUAUUGCAGCACCACAGCGUAUCAAGGAAGGGUCCACUCGGCCGGUAUGGUCAGAAGACUCAUGGUUACAAAAACAUGCAGGCGAGACAUUGUCAGUUGCUAAAGAUACUGAUAAAGAAGUUGAAAGUACAGAGGAGAAUACAGAGACUGCUAAAUUACCUGCUAAACCUGCCGAGAAGCGAAACCCACAGGUAUACUUUGAUAUCAGUGCGGGAAAGCAGUCUCUCGGUAGAGUCAUAAUAAUGUUAAGGGCUGACAUAGUACCCAAGACGGCAGAGAAUUUCAGAGCACUGUGCACACAUGAAAAAGGAUUUGGUUACCAGGGCAGUUGUUUUCAUAGGAUAAUACCUGAUUUUAUGUGUCAAGGAGGUGACUUCACGAAUCACAACGGCACGGGCGGCAAGUCGAUAUACGGCCGUAAGUUUGAUGAUGAGAACUUCACACUGCGCCACACCGGCCCGGGCAUACUCAGUAUGGCCAACUCCGGCCCUAACAGUAAUGGCUCGCAGUUCUUUUUAUGUACAGCCAAAACAGAGUGGUUGGACAACAAACACGUUGUGUUCGGUCAUGUGAUAUCGGGCCUGGACGUGCUGAAGAAAAUGGAGAAGUACGGCAGCAAAGGCGGCUCCGUCUCCACCAAAGUUACCAUCAGCAAUUGUGGAGAAUUACAAUAA